CUGAAGGUGUAGCAGCGUGUGGUUUGGAGUCCACCGUCCUGCGUACUUGACUCGAGCUUCCGGAUCCAGCGAGGUCAUCAGGGAGCGUCGGACCGCAUCGAGGGCAGGUGGGUGUGCAGCAUAGACCGACGGGUGAUGUCGGCGACUCACGGCCUCGGCACACGAAGUAGGAGAGUCGCCGACGGGGGCCGCAAGACCAGGAGGACUCGGCGAGGGGGGCUCGCUGGCAACCGAGCUGGACUGCAAGCGAACAAAAGCACGCGUGAGGAGGACGGCGUGACGGAGCGAUUGGAUCGGCCACCUUCGAGACAUCAGCAAACUACCUGCAAGUUGGCUGAAGUGUCGCGUGGUGCAAAGUGGGAGUCCGCAGAGGGCAUCAGCUGAAGGAGCGUUGGGAUACCUGGUGGAGGAUGAGGGCCUGCUGCUUGUGCUGCAUCAGAGCCUGCAGCUGGUCGGCGCUCAGAGUCAUCAUGGCGAGGAAGACCUUGAUGGCGACGAGCGCAAGAUGAAUGGCAAACACACACAGCAAAAUCUAAGUGAGAAGUGGACGCCUGUUAAUGAAGGUCUUGCCAAACUACAUUGGUUCAAAAAAGUUCUUGAAGAGCGAACCUUCGCCACAUCACCGACGUGCUGCUUGUUCCUGCUGUGCGGGGAGGAAGACAAACAGGUAAGGCCGAGGCGUCGCGAUCACCUUCCGUUCGGCUCUCCGCAGCCCAGCGCCCCCAUGGACUUUGAGGGACGAACCAGACCGGCCCCGGCCUGUCGCCUCCUCUUGCCGGGCCCGGAGGCGGACGAGGACGACGGCGACAUGGUGAUCAGCAUCAGGCCCAAAUCUUCCCCGCUGCCACGGAGAAAGAGCUCGCUCUCCGACGAGGACGACUCUGAGCUCGAGCAGCCGCCGCCUUGCGGCUCCAGGAGGGUGUCCUUUGCGGACGCCCUCGGUCAAAGUUUGGUGCAAGUGAAGGAGUUUGAUUUGUGGGAUGUGCCCAAUCCGCCAGGAAUGGAGUUCCUGGAUGGCGAGGGACUAGCUACGGAGGAGUACCGCAUGUCUCCUCUGACUUUCCAAUCCCCGUUGUCUCCCGAGGAUCUGCUGGUUAGGGUCCAGGAGCAGAAAGUCGAGCUGGAGUCCCUGGAGUUGAUCCCGGGGACCACCACGCUGAAAGGCCUGAUCUGCGUCCUCAACAUGUCCUUCCACAAGGCCGUGUACGUGCGCACCACUUUGGACUGCUGGGCCAGCCACUUUGAUCUCCUGACCGAGUACAUCCCCACGUCGGGCCACGCUCACAUGGAUCGCUUCUCCUUCAAGCUGACCUUAGUGCCGCCCUUUGAAGAGCAGGGAUCCCGAGUUGAUUUUUGUCUGCGAUACGAGACGCCCGUGGGUACGUUCUGGGCCAACAACGACAACAGGAACUACGUGCUGUUGUGCCAGAAAAGGAGCAAAGAGCAGAGGGAGAACCCCCAGAUGCAAAAUGGGCAGAAGAAAAGCUGCCUAAAGACUGUUUUGAGAUGUGACAGUCAAGCCUCUGCGGAUGAAACACUUAGCCAAGAAAACUCGUCACCAGAUGGGUCAACAAAUGGAGAAAGGGUUGACAAUGAGCAAGUCAUCCUAAUUCGCCAUCAGUCAGAAGUAGACGGGAACAAUUCACAGGAUGAGAUCAGACAGAACUGCGUCCGACGAAAACGUCGAAAGGCGGCCCGCAUGGCUCUGGUGAAGGACUACUUUUGUGAAAGAGACGGCGGCGUACUCGAUGCGUCCACUCCGAAAGACGACAGCGAAAUCCCAGCAAGGGAAUCUUGGUCUGAAGACAAAGUUGAAGGUUCUUGCGCCCUUCUGGAAACCACUUUGAGGGAAAGGCCAACCCGAGCACACGAGACGCAGGCACGCCAUGAGCCGAAGACACCCGACGAUGCCGCGUUGACAUCUUCAAUCCAAGGCGACGUUAGCCCGGACACGUCAACCGACGAGACUCCGCCCGCUCAACAUCGCGACACUUUUGUCCCCGAGGCUGAAGGAACAAACGAGAGCUGCUCAAAUCAAAGCAGCGGCUUCGCUUUUGGAAGUCACAUGUUCGACGACAAUGGGACGUGUCCGGAUCCGAUUGCGGGAGAAGACGAUACCAGCCGUGACGUUGAAGACAUAACUCGCCGGGUUAGUUUGAUGCUUGAGAAGGCGUCAGAAGCGAACGAUUCUGUGAUGGGAUCAAGAGAUCAUCAACAUGUGACAAAGAACUCGAUUGAAGGUUGCUUCGACGCCAACCUGAAUGUUCCUCUUGUGGAAAACGGCACAUGGAGUGACGCAGAGGAUUCUAGUAAACAAAGAAGUUUCAACGUAACCAAGAUUCACCAAGAGCCGUUUGCACCAUCGCGUCUGCCCUUGCACCAAAGCAAAAAUGAUGUCCCGCUCGAGAAUUGGCAGCUUCAGGAAAAGCUCACUGAUGAGUUCAUUGACACUGAUUUGAAUGUUCCUGAAGACACUUGGAAUCGGGCUGACGAUGCUAUCGAAGGUGAAACCGAGGACAUUCAGCGCCGCUGUCAACCAGAUGAGCGAGAGGAGGAAGUUGAAAUUGCAUCUCCAGAGGCAGAAGAACCUGAUGAUGUCGAAAACGAUCACGUGAAGAUGAAUUUCGACGUAGCUGAAGAACAUUGUGUGGAGAUCCGGGGUGGUAAAAUAGAGAUAUGUUUAGAUGAAGAUGGAGCAGAUGUGGAAUUGGAGGAGCAAGACAUCAAGCCAGGAGAUGAAGAGCAGCAAAGCCCGGGUGAUGACAUCAGGGGGUCACAAUCGGGUCACUCGCGUGAUCCGACUCAACAGAAUCCAGAUAGCGCCCAUCUCCUUGAUGAAGAAAUCGAGAGUGAGGACGCACAAUCCGAGAGCGACGGCGCAUCGGCCGAAUCGGACUCGGACGACGAGGUGGAGCUCUACAUGCACUGCCUGCGAGCGGUCCGCACCAAAGACCCGAGCGCCGAAGCAGCCUUCAACCUUAGCAAGAGGCCCUCUCUAAGCAAAACCAAAGCUCUCUCCUCACCCAUGCCGUCCAUCAGCGAGGCUGCGGAGGAGGACCGUGUCGCCUGGCGUCCGGAAAGCCAAGCGGAUAAUGUCGUCCGGUCGCCACCGACGGAAUCCGCUGGCAAAAACGCGGUGAGCCGCGACAGCCGCUCCUCCUGCAGCUCCAUCUCCACAAUGUUGCUGUACAUUGGCUUGUUAGCAGUAUUUACGUUGACGGCUUAUUAUUACGAUUUUCUGGCAUGUUUUGGCCUCUACGUGGUUACGCUGGUGUGGCUCUUGUGUCAGGGAGAAAAACACUCCAUGAAAGACAACUCCAUAGGCUAAAUGGGAAGCAAACUUAUCGUGGAAAUUCCAAUGUAACGUUCACGUCUGUGUCGUUUGUCAAAAACACUCCUGGCUAUAUAGACGAAGGAUUAUUAUUUUUUUUUUUUUUUUUGCGCAAUGCAAAUGAUUGGCUUUUGAAUGAUAAACACACAAUGUGUCAUUUCCACCCGCUUUGUACCUCAAUCGCUGGUUUGGGUGUGAAGAGAUUGACAUUAAAGCAGACUUUGAUUGUGCAAUUAAAUGCCACACCUAAAUAAAGGGUCUUUUUUAGGACGGAAUUAAAAAGGGUAUCAAGCCUUACAUGCGCUGUAUGAGGAAAUGAAAUAGUUUAAGAUGACUAAACCUUCUGCCCAGUUAAGCACGGCUGACUUUUGUGUACACACAGGGAUGUAAAUGAAAACUCAAAAUCAAUGCGCUGUGCCGGGAUGUUCAGAUGUGUCACAUUUUAAAAUUACGUUUUUGUCUUCCAUGUAUUUGUGUAUACAAGGUGCAAUGAUGAAUCAAUUGAUUGUCAAAUAAUUUCUGAGAAUCAUGAACACCUUUUAUUAAAAAUCUCAUCUUCUUGACAGUAAGUAUGUAUUCUGCAGUUUCAGAAGUCCUUCAUGAAAGUAGAAUCCAAAUAAAACGUUUAUUUUGGAAAACAAUGA